AUACCAAGUUCAAAACUUUUCAAAGUAGACCAAGUUGGUCCUGAAUACAAUUGGUCCCUAAACGGCGUUUAGGCCCGUUACUCAUUCUCAGCUUCUCCUCUCAAAACCCUAAACGCUUUCUAUUCUCUCCCUCUCAUAUCCUCACCACCGCUGCUGCGAGUUCCUCACUGAAGGCUCCGAUCGGGUGCUACGGACGCUAGCUUUGGUGCUCCACAGCCAUGGAAGAGAGAGUUUGCAUUUGUGCUUCUGUUUGGAUUUGGGUUUGAGUCUAGGUUUGUGUGCCAAACGUCAAGGGAACGAGACCCACGGCCCCUGCAACUACCACAGGUGGUGGUAAUGGACAGACAGCUUCAGCUUCUUUGCUCUAACCCGACCAAACCCACUUUCCUUAAACCCUACCUGACCCGGUUAAUUCUUCACCCAUUCGGUGCCCCCAAACCAAUUUCAAGCCGCUCUUGUCGCUUCCCUUCAGGAUUUCUUUGUAAAGGUUUAAAGUGUUCAAUGAAGUCGUACAGGUUAUCAGAACUUACUCAAACUGAGGUUGAAAGCCUGAAGGCUCGUCCUCGUAUAGAUUUCUCUUCCAUUUUCACCACAGUCCAGCCCAUUGUUGAUGAUGUUCAUAAAAGAGGCGAUGCUGCGGUUAAAGACUAUACUGCGAAGUUUGACAAGGUUGAACUGGAAAAGAUAGUUGAAAAAGUUUCUGAGCUCCCAGAUCCAGUGCUAGAUGCAGUUAUUAGAGAAGCGUUUGAUGUGGCAUAUGACAAUAUAUAUGCAUUUCAUGCUGCUCAAAAAUCAGCUGAGAAAAGUGUUGAGAACAUGAAAGGUGUCAAAUGCAAACGGGUAGCAAGAAGCAUCUCAUCUGUAGGUCUUUAUGUUCCAGGAGGAUCUGCAGUUUUACCUUCAACAGCUUUGAUGCUUUCAGUUCCUGCGCAGAUUGCUGGCUGUAAAACUGUUGUUCUUGCAACUCCCCCUAGUCAGGAUGGCAGCAUAUGCAAGGAGGUACUGUAUUGUGCUAAGAAGGCUGGUGUGACUCACAUCCUUAAAGCUGGAGGUGCUCAGGCAAUUUCUGCCAUGGCGUGGGGGACAGAAUCUUGCCCCAAGGUGGAGAAGAUUUUUGGCCCUGGAAAUCAAUAUGUCACAGCUGCAAAAAUGAUUCUCCAAAACAGUGAAGCCAUGAUUUCGAUUGACAUGCCCGCAGGCCCUUCAGAAGUCUUGGUCAUUGCUGACAAUCAUGCCAAUCCUGUUCAUGUAGCUUCAGAUUUGCUUUCCCAGGCUGAGCAUGGUCCUGACAGUCAGGUUGUUCUUGUAAUCUCUGGGGAUGGUGUGGAUUUGAAAGCUAUAGAGGAGGAAAUCAGCAAGCAGUGCCAAAGCCUUCCAAGGGGAGACAUUGCUUUAAAAGCAUUGAGCCACAGUUACAGUGUGUUUGCUCAUGAUAUGGUUGAGGCCAUCUCUUUUUCAAACUUAUAUGCACCUGAGCAUCUGAUCAUUAAUGUGAAGGAUGCAGAGAAGUGGGAGAGUUUCAUUGAGAAUGCAGGCUCGGUAUUUUUAGGGCAGUGGACACCAGAGAGUGUGGGAGAUUAUGCAAGCGGGACAAACCAUGUCCUUCCAACCUAUGGGUAUGCUAGAAUGUAUGGUGGGGUGUCUUUGGACUCCUUCCUGAAGUAUAUGACUGUACAAUCUUUAACCGAAGAAGGUCUGAGAAAUCUUGGCCCAUAUGUGGCAACAAUGGCAGAAGUUGAGGGACUGGACGCCCACAAGAGAGCCGUGACUCUUAGGCUUCAGGAUAUCGAAGCUAGGCAGGUUUCUGGUAUGAGAUGAUGUACCAGUUGUGAACUAUUGUCAUUCUCAUAAUGUGGCCUUUAUGGGCUCAGGGGUGUUUACUGCUACAAUGUAGGGUAGCAUUGGUUCUUAAAAAUAACUUUUUUUUUUUUUUUUUUUUUUUUUUUAAAUAUAAUUUUUUGCUGAAUAAAAAUAUCUUGUUUAUGCCCUAUGUAAUUUGAUCAGAUAUGUACACAUCUUUGCAAUUUUGCUGAUCUUUUGUAUUUUGAUGAAAUAUCUAUACUC